CAAUGCAGAGCACUAUGUUGGAUAACAAACUACUCCUGAAUAUGCUUUCAAACGACACACGAGCCCGCAAAAUAUCCCAAAAUGCAAAUUUUCUAAAUAAUUUUCAUGAAUGGAUCAGACAUGUAACCUGCAACCUCAGGGUCUACUAAAAACAACCUCCCCCAUACCACUAAUUUACAUACGGCUGCGGGUAAUGCCGCUUAUAAGGAGAAAAACCUUCAGCUGAGUUAAUAAGGAGAAAAGUGUUGAUAAGGAGAAAAGCACUUAUAAGGAGAAAAGCCUUCAUAAAGAGACAAGCAAUCACAAGGAGACAAGCUAACAGGCUGAGGAUGUGGCUCCCUGCUCUCUUUCUCCUCCUCGGAGCAGUGCUGAACUCCUACAACCUGCUGGCCACGCUGGGCCAUCCGCGCCCGCUGCAGCCGUCCUCUCUGAUUAUCGGCCUCAUCUCUUCCGCCAACGUCCUGCUAAACGCUACCACCUUGGCCAUGCAUGUGGUGGAGUCUGAGCACGUGUUGCAACGCGCCCGCCUCCCGUUGUACCUGCCGGUGCUGUUGGUGGUGUGGCUGGGCACGAGCGCGGUCAGCUUCUGGAGUGUGGCGCUGCUCAGCACGCUCUACUGCGUCACGGUGGUCCGCUCCUCCUCGCCGCUCCUCCUCACCGUCAGGAGGAACGUGGGAGUCGUGGUCCGUGCUGGGCUAACGCUGAUGCUGGUCUCCUCCUACCUGGUGUUCCUCCCGUUCCUCAGCCUCCAGAGACGUCCUGUCCCGUGCUCGACCCACGCCUCAAACGACCCGAUCGCGCUGAACACCACCAACGCCUCGCAGAGUCUCCCUCAGACGGCCCUUCAGAACCUCCAAGAAAACGUCACCUGCGUCUCCUCUGUUGUCGGGUUUCCUGUCCGGCUGAAUAUGUAUGUCUAUGUGGCCUCCUUCAUCAGCUACAUGCUCCUGCUCCCCAUGUGUACCAUGUUGCCUACAUCUCUGCGCUUGGUCUUCUUCCUCUUCUCCCACGCCCUGUCCAUGAAGGCUCAUCACGGCGGCGUCGGCAGCCCCGACUCCUACCUGCUGGUGUGUGGGGUGACGGUAGCCCUGGUGUGGGUCUUCAUCUGCACGCUGAUCACCAUCACCAUCUUCUAUAUCCAUAGCACCUACUACUCCAAGCUCAGCGCGGAUUUCCUGUUCUACACCUUCUCCUUCUACUGCCUAGCGUCCGCCACCCUCCUCUCGGCCUCCAACCUCCCGCUGAGGCAGCGCCUGCAGGUGCUGUUCUGCAGACCGUGCGCUGUCCAGGGAUGAUUGCACCGUGACUUGAGUUUCUCCUCGUGUCACACAUGAACAAGUAGAAAGAUACGAUGGGGAUUGGGAAUGGCUGGAAAACGCCCCAUCCCUUUUUUGGUGAAUCAGAAAGGUAGUCAUCAGUUUCAUCAAAGAGGGUGCCAUUACUGUAGGUAGAAUUAUAUUGUUUUAUUCAACCUUAAAGGGGAUGUGUGUAGAAUUUGUGCCAUCUAGCGGAACCGACUAGAUACAAAAUGAAAAAGAGUUAUGUUUUAAUUGGUUUGUAAUACUAUGAAAAUAUGAAUGGUUGUGUUUUCCUUACCUUAGAAUUAGCCCUAUAUAUCUACCAAGGGGGUGGGUCCUCUUCCACAGAGACUGCCAUGUUGCAACGCCAUGUUUAUAAAGUAGCCCAGAAUGGCUUAAACAAUCAUAAUUGAAAUCUUACUUGUUUGCUAUGACCUAUCGUUUUACAGUAAUAACUAAAUAAAUGUGUUUAAUCUAUCAAGGAACAUCAUCACUUGAUAGUUUGCUACCCAAUGCAUAUUUUUGUCAUUUUUGGCUGUCUCUGCACGUCUUAAUGUAGCCCAUCAUCCCCUUUCCAGUAAAAGCAAGGACAAUGUCAGUUUUUGAAGUAGUGGGCAACCCCAACUAUCAAAACUAUUUUAUUGUGCUGAUGUUGGUAGCCAGAAAUAAAGAAUUGUCAUUUACCAGUCUUUACCAGCAAAAAGUAAUUUGGGUAUUUUUAAAAAAUUCAAUAAUAUCAUCUCUGAAUCGCACAAUACGAUUUUAUUUUCCUAAGAUGUGCUCAUAUUUUUAUAUUUUUUUAACAGAGCAUUAAAACAUUUUAAAAACAUGCAGAACGCUUUGUAAUCUGUCCACGGCCAUACGCUCAAAGAGCCGAGUGCACUGAUCUGACUGCGUAGUAGAAACAGCACGCUGUAGCAAGUCUUUGCAGUAGGUUUAAGCCCUCCUAGUUUUGAAAAUGUCUAAGCAGUCCCAAAUGUCUGUGGGACUGCUUAGGUCCAGUCUGGGUUAAUAGUGGUCAACCGUGAUCAUUAACCACAAGGUCAAUGAUCCGCCUAUUGGCUAUUUUCUUUUUACUCCUAUGUUCAUUUCUUCAUGGAAAGAAAGUUAUGUAACAUGGAAAAUGUCUGUAAAUAGUCAUGCUCUUUACUUCAAGUACAGGAAUGAUCAUUAAAUUACU